AUGGAUACACCGAGGAUAUUCCGUCGUCAACUCACCACGGACACCGACUCCGACACCAACACCGAUUCCGACACCAACAAUAAUGGGAAUAAUGGCAAUCCCAACAACUACUACUGGUGGUAUGGUUCGACUGCCGAGGCCAUCAAAUGGGCUGUGAUUGCGGCCGUCUUGGUGCUCGUGUUUGUCUACUUGAUCGGAGGUUACCUACACGCCAGGAGACGGAUGCGAAAGGGUCUUCCUCCUUUAGCAUAUCAUCGGUGGCUUGUUCCUCGUCGACAGCGCAUGGCCUUCGCGCAGCAACAUCCCCAAUACGCCAACCAAUUCUCUUUCUACCGAAACAGACAGUCUCCCUACGCCUACGGUCACGGUCAGGCAUACCCAAUGGCCGCCUACGGACCGCCUCCUCCAGCCUACAACGAGCCAGACUACGUGCCCGCGUACACCCCCGCCGCUCCAAACAAGGUCGAUCCCGAUCAGAACUACACCGCGCCACCCGGGCCACCGCCGAGUGCUGGCUAUUCGGUCCCACCGCCCACUGAUGGUCCGAGUCAGCCUCCCAGAGCUCAUGUUGGAGGUUAA